AGCCGCGGCCUUUCAAUUCAAGUUGUCUUUGCAUUGCAACAUGCAAUAACGUGUCUACAACCCAUAAAGACAAUUCUGGAUUAAAUUUUUAAUUUGUUUUACAUAACAAUAGUAGAAAGUUAUCAAGAAUAUUCAUGAGUUAACGAUAUUAUUCUAGAGAGGAAAUAAGAGUGCUUUCGAGUGCACUUUUACUGUAUUUAGACGGUGAGACUGCAGUACGUUCAAGUUAUUGAUAGUGACAGCUAGCAAAUCAUGUCAGAAUACGCUUUGGUAUGCAAUUAUAAGAAAUGCAGAAAUCCAAUCAAUUCAUACGCAUGGGUUACAAGCUGUUCUCAUGCAUUUUGUGACAAUCAUUCACAUGAACAAGAAUGGGGAAAGAAGUGCAAUGCAUGCGACUCUCCAUUUAAUGGAAGAUAUGACAUUGUUAAAGCUGACUUGAACCCAUCUGAAGAAUUUAAAUCUGUACGAUGAUUCUAGCGGGACUGCGGCCUGAAAUUGUACUGGACAUUGCUACAAGAGCUAUUUCAUUCUGGAGCCAUCAAAUGUACAAAGAAAAGCUGAUUCAUUAUACUCGAGCAAACAAUGUAGAAGCGCAGUUAAACCAUGUUGAGUCCUCAUAUGAAACAUUGAUUGUGAAAAUGAAGAAUGACAUGGAAGCUAAGAAUAAGAACUUUGAAACUCUCAAAGUCCAAUUCGCUGACCAAACUAAAAGAAUCCAAGAGCUGGAAAACUAUUUGAACAACAAAGAUAGACAAUUACAAUCGAUGCAGGUGAAAUACGAAUCAGCAAGGAGGGAGACUCUAACGGCAACUAUUGCUCAAGAGCAUAAAUCACCCACCUGUCACAGCUACUUGAUAGAUAGAAUCAAAUCUCCGAAGUUUCUGAGUCAGCAGGGAAUGCUGCAGGUUCCAAGCAAUCACUGCCAUGCUUCUCCAAACACCCAUCAAGGCGUCAUGCACCAUUGUCAUCGAGCAGGACAUCAUCAGCGGGUUUGCGCCUCAAAUUUUUGCGGGGAGUCCACUUCAAAAAUGGCAUUUGCAGAUAAACCAUUCGAAUUCAACCCUAGUAAUCAGGAAAAGAAAGCCAGAAGUCCUGCUUGCAAUACAGGAAACAUCCAUAAUAAUAAUACUUUUCAGUUUGAUUAAUUUCAAUUUUGUUAUACACGAUAUAAGCAGUAAUUAAUCUGAGAAUGUGUGGACAUGAUCAAUAUCUAACUUGAUGGGAAAGGCCCUUGGUUAUUUCUAUUCAUAUUACGUUUAUCAACGAAUCUUUUUUUUGUAAAUGUUAACAAAUUUUAUCAAAAUAACAGUAUUAGUAUAAUAUGCUCCGAUAAAAGAAGACUCUAGAGAUUCUGCUGAAGAGAAAUACCAAAUUAAUACUAGCCUCUACUUUUAUUUAUCAGUAACCUUUUUCAUAUUCAGAUUUAUAGUCGGUUGUUUUCUGUUUGGAAUAGAAAUGAUAGAUUCUAGUUUAUAUAAUUAUUAUAAGCUAACAAUAUUUUUCACUUAUCGAAAGAAUUUCACAGUGUUGUUUCAAAAUUACUUUUAUUAUGAUUUAUCAAUGUUUAUUAUUUGCGUUCCUUUAAUGUCAUAAAGAAAAAUUAAUUCGGCUAUAUCAAUCGAUAUUUCUGUUGGAGUAUGAGGUUUAGUUGAAAGUUAAUGUUUGCAAGUAUGUAUGAUUUAUCCCAACUGGCAACAACAUAGUAGCCAUUAUUCAUAAAAUAUUCAAUGAAUAGUUUAAUUGGUAUAGACAUACCGGUACUGUUUUUCUUUUUCUAUUUAUAAGGCUGGCGCGACUUCUAUCAAUCAAAUAUUGCAUUUUUUGACUGGAUUAGGGAGUGUCUUGUCAAAACUGUUGUCGAUUAGUGAUACAAUUCAGUUUUUCAAUCAGUAAUAUUUUGUUAUAAUGGAUAUCAUGUAUAUGUAUCUCAAUAAUAAAUUAGUAAAUAAAUAAUUCAUUUAGAAAAACG